GAGCUUUUGCUUCAUCUCCUUCUUCCUCUACUCUCUCUGUGUGUCUCUAAUCUCACACAGACAACACAGAGAUGGCUUGUGUUCGGUCGAUUGGUUCUCUAACUUCUGUCACUCAUUCUCCACGAAAUGUUCCUCGCUCAGGCAUUGUCUUAUCUUCAUGCUCUGUUCUUCCCAUCAAAAGCUCCUCUUUCACUGGCUCCCCUGUUUCUCUCCCGCGGGCUCAACCCUCAUCCCGAACAGCUCUAAGACCGAGGAAACCCGCCUCUAUCACGAUGAUGGUAAAGCCGACGCUCCAAUUCAUUCAAGGGACGGAUGAGAUGACCAUCCCUGAUGUUAAGUUGACUCGGUCAAGAGACGGAAGCAACGGAAUGGCACUCUUCUCUUUCGAUCAGCCAUCGGUUUUCGACUCUAGCGGUGAAGUCGGGGAGAUUACAGGAUUGUACAUGAUCGAUGAGGAAGGUGUGAUCCAAUCGACGGAUGUGAACGCGAGAUUCGUGAAUGGGAAACCGGAAGGGAUUGUGGCGAAACACAUAAUGCGAAGUCCGAAAGAAUGGGACAGGUUCAUGAGGUUUAUGGAGCGGUACUCAGACCAGAAUGGCUUGCAGUUUGUUAAGAAGCAAUGAGGUGGGAGACACAAUGAGCAAAAAACAUGUGUAUUACAUUAAAUUUUUUCACUCUUU